UGCGUGUUAAACUACCUCUCUGGGUAUAGAUAUGGUUGGUCUGAUCUAAAACUUGCUGCCCUCUUGGAUUUUGCAUUUAGAGCACUCACUUGGUUUUUUAUCUCCGUUUACUUGCACACCCAAUUUUCCUAUUCAAGAGAGCAAAGGUUCCCCAUUCUACUAAAGAUUUGGUGUGUUUUCUACUUCCUAAUGUCUUGUUCCUAUCUUGGUUUACAUAUUGGUUUGUAUUGGAAACAUUUGUCUCUAUCCUUCCAACUAUUUGUCUCGGAUGUUGUUUCCAUUAUUGGUGGUUUAUUAUUUUGUUAUGCUGGGUUGUUUGGCAAGGGGAGAGAAGAUGGAGAUACCCAUCUUUUGGAGCCUCUUUUAAAAAGCACUUCUUGUCGAAACAACGAUGACAAGGAUAUUGGUGGUGAGAGUGUAACUACUUAUGCAAAUGCCAAUCUUUUUAGUACUUUUACUUUCGCUUGGAUGGGCCCUUUGCUUUCACUCGCAUGUAAAAAAACACUUGACCUUGAAGAUGUUCCUCAACUUGCCAAUUAUGAUAGUGCCAAAGUCGUCUUUGCUCAUUUCAGAAAUAAACUUGAAUUUGAUGGUAAUGAUGGUCAGGUAAGCAAACUCAAGCUGAUGAAAGCAUUGGUUCUCUCAACGUGGAAAGAAAUUUUAUGGACGGCUUUACUCACCAUUGUAUGCACAUUGGCUUCUUAUAUUGGGCCAAAUCUGAUUAUCACAUUUGUUCAAUAUCUCAAUGGCCCUCACCAACAAGAAUAUAAAGGCUACGCACUUGUGUUUAUUUUCUUUCUUUCAAAGCUCAUAAGGGGCUUCUCAGAUAGACACUUGUUCUUUCAAUUGCGAAAGAUGGCACUUAGGGUCCGUGCUGCCUUGUUCACAACAAUUUAUAAGAAAGGUCUUAGGCUUUCAAGCCAAUCAAAGCAAAGCAGCACUAGUGGGGAUAAUAUUAAUUUAAUGAGUGUAGAUGUUGAGAGGAUUGGUAUUUUCAGUUGGUACUUGCAUGAUAUAUGGAUGGUUCCUAUUCAGAUUAUUCUAGCAUUGUCAUUCUUGUACAACAACCUUGGGCUUGCUUCACUUGCAGCUUUCAUUGCCACAAUGAUUCUGAUGUUAGCAAAUGUUCCACUUGGAAAAUUACAAAAUAAAUUUCAAGGGGGAUUGAUGGAUUCAAAGGAUCAGAGGAUGAAGGCAACAUCUGAGGCCCUAAGGAAUAUGCGGAUUCUCAAGAUCCAGGGUUGGGAGAUGAAAUUAUUAGGUAAGUUAAUUGAGCUUAGGAACUUUGAAACAAGAUGGUUAAAAAAGUUAGUUUAUACAUCAGCCAUUACUGCCUUUGUCUACUCUUCUGCUCCCAUGUUUGUAUCCAUGGUUACUUUUGGGUUCUGUAUGCUUUUGGGAAUUCCACUAGACUCAGGAACGAUUCUAUCUGCAUUUGCAAUGUUUGAAAUAUUGCGAGUGCCCAUUUAUACUCUCCCAGACACAAUCUCCAUGGUAGUUCAAACUGAAGUUUCUCUUAACAGAAUAAUCUCAUUCCUCUGUCUCGAUGAACUUCACCCGAAUAUAGUUCAAAAGCUUCCAAGAGAUGGUGUUGAUAUUGCAAUUGAGAUAAUCCAAGGAAAUUUCACUUGGGAUAUUCAUUCCCCUAAUCUUAUAUUGAAAGAUAUAAAUUUUCGAGUCUAUCAUGGUAUGAAAGUUGCUAUAUGUGGUUCUGUUGGGUCAGGUAAGUCAAGCUUACUUUCAUGCAUAUUGGGAGAAAUGCCGAAAGAAUCUGGAGCUAUUAAGUUGUAUGGGAUAAAGGCCUAUGUUUCACAAUCACCUUGGAUACAAAGUGGAAAUAUAGUAGAUAAUAUAUUGUUUGGUAAAGAGAUGAAUCAGGAAAGGUAUGAAAUGAUCCUUGAAGCAUGCUCAUUAAAGAAGGACUUAGAAUUGUUUACCUUUGGGGACCAAACUGUUAUAGGGGAGAGGGGGAUCAACUUGAGUGGUGGGCAGAAGCAAAGAAUCCAGAUUGCACGUGCUUUGUACCAUGAUGCUGAUAUUUAUCUACUUGAUGAUCCUUUUAGUGCUGUAGAUGCUCAUACGGGAACACAUUUAUUUAAGGAGUGUUUAAUGAGAAUUUUGGGCUUGAAAACAGUAAUUUAUGUUACCCACCAAGUAGAAUUUUUAUCCUCUGCUGAUCUUAUCCUGGUUAUGAAAGAUGGAAUGAUUACUCAAGCAGGAAAGUAUAAUGACAUUCUUAGCUUAGGAACUGACUUUAUGGAAUUAGUAGGUGCACAUAAGAAAGCUUUGGCAAACCUUAAUUCUGUCGAACACGGAACUACUUUCGAUAAUUUAAUUAAUGGUGAAGAAAUUAGUACUUUGUUGUGUAGUGAGGAGUCUAAUCAAGAUGAUGAGGAAAGGGAACCCAACAACUACAAAACAAAAAAAUUUGUAGAGCCAAAAGGGCAGAUUGUCCAAGAAGAAAAGAGAGAAAAAAAUGAAGUUAGUCUUUCAGUUUAUUGGAAGUAUGUUACCACUGCAUAUAAAGGGGCAUUUGUACCUUUGAUAAUAAUGGCACAAAUUCUUUCUCAGAUUCUAAUAAUAGUCAGUAGUUACUGGAUGGUGUUGGCUACUCCAUUUUCGAUGGAUAUGAGACCUCAAAUUAGAGAUUCCACUUUCAUCUUUGUUUAUGUUGUUUUGAUCCUUGGAAGCUCUAUUUGCAUAUUUACAAGGUCUAUACUAGUUGUAACUGCUGGAUACAAGUCUGCCACUUUGUUCUUCAACAAAAUGCAUUUGUGUAUUUUUCGUGCUCCCAUGUCAUUUUUUGAUUCUACUCCGAGUGGAAGGAUUCUAAAUCGGGUAUCCAUAGAUCAAAGUGCACUUGAUACCUUUAUUCCACGUCAAAUUGAAGAACUUCUUAUCUCAGUUAUAGCAUUUCUAGGAACUGCUAUAGUAAUGUCACUGGUGGCAUGGAAAAUGUUAAUAGUUUUUAUCCCGAUGAUUGUGACAUGCAUAUGGUAUCAGAAAUACUACACACCUGCAGCACGAGAAUUGUCACGAUUGUUUGGAGUAUGCCAGGCUCCAAUCAUACAACAUUUUGUUGAAUCUAGUUUAGGUUCAACAACAAUCAGGUGCUUUGACCAAGAAGAAAGAUUUAUGGACACAAACCUCAAGCUUGUGGAUGAGUAUUCUCGGCCCAAAUUUCAUUUCUCUGGUGCAAUGGAGUGGUUAUGCUUUCGCAUGGAUUUGUUAGCAUCCAUCACAUAUGCCUUCUCUUUGAUUUUCUUGAUCUCAAUACCAGAGGGUGUAUUCGCUCCUGGUGUUAUGGGUUUAGCAGUCACAUAUGGACUUAGUUUCAAUAUGCAUGGGGUCGUAUGGGAUCUUAACAGACUAGAGACUAAAAUCAUAUCUGUUGAGAGAAUACUGCAAUAUUCUUGCAUCCCAAGCGAACCACCUUUGUUGGUCAUAGAAAAUAGGCCAAGUCAUGAUUGGCCAUCACAAGGAAAAGUUGAUAUUGUUGAUCUGCAGGUCCGGUAUGCCUCACACCUUCCUCCUGUCUUGCGAGACCUCACAUGCUCUUUCCCAGGAGGGAUGAAGAUUGGCAUUGUUGGGCGAACGGGAAGUGGCAAAUCAACUCUUGUACAAGCUCUUUUUCGCAUGCUUGAAGCUACAACCGGUCAUAUUUUGAUAGAUAGUAUAAACAUCUCUAAGAUUGGACUUCAUGACUUAAGAUCAAGAUUGAGCAUAAUCCCACAAGACCCAACAAUGUUUCAGGGAACUCUAAGAAACAAUCUUGACCCGCUUGAAGAGUACACCGAUGAACAAAUCUGGGAGGCUUUAGAUAGAGUUCAACUUGGUGAUAAAGUUAGAAAGAAGGAUGGAAAGCUUGAUUCUGCAGUGACAGAGAACGGAGAGAAUUGGAGUAUAGGUCAAAGGCAGCUAGUCUGUUUAGGGCGGGUACUACUGAAGAGGAGCAAAGUGUUAGUACUUGAUGAAGCUACUGCAUCAGUAGAUACCGCGACUGACUAUCUAAUUCAGCAAACGCUUAAGCAACACUUUUCAAUGUCUACGGUCAUCACAAUUGCACACAGAAUGACAUCAAUUCUUGAUAUUGAUAUGGUUCUCCUUCUCGAUAAUGGUGUUCUACUUGAAUAUGAUUCCCCAGCCAAAUUGUUAAAGACUAAGUCUUCAUUUGCAAGGCUUGUUAAGGAAUAUACUCGAAGAUGUAGUUCCUAG